AUGCGAAAGAUCAACCUCCAGACGGGAGCUGUGAGUUCCAUCGUGGCUGUCCCGGCGGGGUCUCCAACGAUGAUUCCCGCUGGGUUGGACCUAGUUGGGAGCCAUGCCUAUAUUGGCGGUAAGUCCCACCACUCGAUCAAGCAUGUGGACUGGCAGAUUCCAGAUACGUGUCAUGAUCUUGUUGGGAAUGGGGUCUCGGGUUUGAAUGAUGGUAUUGGUACCAAUGCACAGUUCUACGAACCCACUGGCGUUGCCAUAAGCCUGGAUGGGAAGUUUCUGCUGGUCGCCGACAGCAAAGAUCAUUCGGUGAGGUGGGUGGAUCUGGACUCCCUAGAAAGUGAAGACCAUUGCUGA